AAAAGCGCUCUGGUCCCGCUGUGCAUGAGAGCGGGAGAGUCCAGCGCCACAGCUACCCGGAGAGGGAUGGCGGCCACAGGGACCGAGGCCACUGAGGCCGCCGGCAAGCUUCUUGUCCUGCUGCUGCUCGGGCUUACGGCGCCCGCCGCGGCUCUGGCUGGCUACAUCGAGGCUCUUGCAGCCAAUGCUGGGACGGGCUUUGCUGUUGCCGAGCCUCAGAUUGAGAUGUUUUGUGGGAAGCUGAACAUGCAUGUGAACAUUCAGACUGGGAAAUGGGAGCCUGACCCAACAGGUACCAAGAGCUGCCUUGGAACAAAGGAAGAAGUUCUUCAGUACUGCCAGGAGAUCUAUCCAGAGCUGCAGAUCACAAAUGUGAUGGAAGCAAACCAGCCAGUCAGUAUUGAUGGCUGGUGCCGAAGGGACAAAAAACAGUGCAAGAGUCACAUCGUCAUUUCAUUCAAGUGUCUUGUGGGUGAGUUCGUUAGUGAUGUUCUGCUGGUUCCAGAAAACUGCCAGUUUUUCCACCGAGAGCGGAUGGAGGUGUGUGAGAAGCACCAGCAUUGGCACACCGUAGUCAAGGAGGCAUGUCUGACUGAGGGGAUGAACUUAUAUAGUUACGUCAUGCUGCUGCCUUGUGGGGUAGACCAGUUCCAUGGUACCGAGUAUGUGUGCUGCCCUCAGACAAAGAUUGUUGACUCUGACUCUACUAUGUCCAAAGAGGAGGAAGAAGAGGAGGAGGAGGAGGAAGAGGAAGAGGAAGACUAUGAUCUUGAUAAAAGUGAAUUUCCUACUGAAGCAGAUUUGGAAGACUUCACAGAAGCAGCUGCAGAUGAGGAGGAUGAGGAUGAGGAGGAAGGGGAAGUGGUGGAAGACCGUGAUUACUACUAUGACUCUUUUAAAGGAGACGGCUACAAUGAGGAGAACCCAACUGAACCCAGCAGCGAUGGCACUAUUUCAGACAAGGACAUUGUUCACGAUGUGAAAGCUGUCUGCUCCCAGGAGGCGAUGACGGGGCCCUGCCGGGCUGUGAUGCCUCGUUGGUACUUCGACCUCUCCAAGGGAAAGUGCGUACGCUUUAUAUAUGGCGGCUGCGGCGGCAACAGGAACAAUUUUGAGUCUGAGGAUUAUUGUAUGGCUGUGUGUAUGAUUGUAUUUUUGCUAAAUACACACAUUGUACCCAAAAUUAUAAAGAUAGUUAAUGAAAAAGUUGUCUACUUAUGA